AUGUCAAAAGGCGAUAAGCCUGUUCUUUCAUCUGAUUGGGAUUUUUACCUUAUUGGAUGUGUUUUUUCAAGGGCAUGGAAAGGCCAUGAAGAGGACUGUCAAGGAUCUCGACUCCAUCCUCUAAAGUUGGCUUGUAAAGCAUCCCUAAGUCGAAAAUUUGAGGAAAAUGAGUCAAUGAGCAAUGAGAACGACUUCAUUGAUAUAAUUUUAUCCCUAGAGAAAGAAGGGUGCCUUUCUGGACCGCGAGAGGCCAUGGGAGAUUACACGGUGGCUGGCUACGGCGUUCCAGCAGCCACUUGUAGUGAACGUGUGGAAAAUCUAAAGGGAUCCAACAAUUUGGAAAGAUCCAUCUGA